AAUUAUGGCGAAGUCCGGGCUGGGGCAGGAUCCGGAGAGCACAGCUGCAGUCACUGUGCUAAAGCGGGCGGUGGAACUAGAUUCCGAGUCGCGGUAUCCGCAGGCUCUGUUGUGUUACCAAGAGGGGAUUGAUCUGCUCCUGCAGGUUCUGAAAGGUACCAAAGAUAAUACUAAGAGAUGUAAUCUCAGAGAAAGAAUUUCCAAAUACAUGGACAGAGCAGAAAACAUAAAGAAGUACUUGGACCAAGAAAAAGAGGAUGGAAAAUAUCACAAGCAAAUUAAAAUAGAAGAGAAUGCAACAGGUUUCAGUUAUGGGUCACUUUUUCGCGAAUACCUUAAUGAGACAGUUACAGAAGUUUGGAUAGAAGAUCCUUAUAUUAGACAUACUCAUCAGCUGUAUAACUUUCUUCGAUUUUGUGAGAUGCUUAUGAAGAGACCAUGUAAAGUAAAAACUAUUCACCUUCUCACCUCUCUGGAUGAAGGCAGUGAGCAAGUGCAGCAAAGUAGGGGCCUGAAAGAAAUAGAAGAGUCACUCAGAAGUCAUGGAGUGCUGCUGGAAGUACAAUACUCUUCUUCAAUACAUGACCGAGAAAUUAGGUUCAACAAUGGAUGGAUGAUUAAGAUUGGAAGGGGGCUUGAUUAUUUUAAGAAACCACAGAGUCGUUUUUCUCUUGGAUAUUGUGAUUUUGAUUUAAGACCAUGUCAUGAAACAACGGUGGACAUUUUUCAUAAGAAGCAUACAAAAAAUAUAUGAUGGGCAGUAGCCUAAUUUAUAUUAUUUCUACUUUAAGUAAAUAUUGGAUUUUUUUUAACAGAUCACUUUAUAAAGUAUGAAUUUAACAAUAAACUUUUAUAUUUCUACUAA